AAGUUCACCCCAAGCUUAGGCUUAGAGAACAGUGUAUGAGCAUUCCCAACGAAACCGCCAAGUCGGAUGGUCUUGCUGUACGUGUGGUUACAGGGACCGGGAAUGAUUGGUUUAAGUUCCUUGCCUAGUCAAGGAACUUAUGGAGAGAGAGAACUUAUGGAGACCAGGAACUUAUGGUGACCUGGAACUUAUGGAGCGAAGUGCUUGCCUAGUCAAGAACUUCUGAGAGGGCUUCUAAGAAACUUAUGGAGAGAACCUACGUGGAAGAGAGAGAGAACUUCUGCGAGAACUUACGGAGAGAAUGCUUGCCUAGUCGAGGAACUCCGGAGAGAGCUUCUGAGAAACUCCUGAGAGAACCUAGGAGGGAUCCACUGGCAGUGAGCACUGGUGAAAGAUCCAUUGGGAGUGUGUUGUCCCAAAGAAGCCGCUGAGACGUGGAAGGUUUUACAGUGCAAGUGGUAGCUGUCCGCGACCCCAGCGUCGUGGAGUAUGUGUUCUCAAGUGUAUUAGCCUAGUGUGAGCUGGCUACGGAGAUUCCGUGGGAAUAUGUGUUUUCAUGUGUGAGUCAACCUGUACGCUCGCCGUGGACUGCGAGGGAGCACUGGGAUUCUAUUGGAAUAGGUGUUGCGUGUGUAAGUGAGUCUGUACGUUCGCCGUGGACAGUGAAGGAGCGUUCGUGCCCCAGAGAUCGGACUUUUAUGUCGCGGCGGAGACGUGAGUAAACAAGUAACUGUAAGUGUUUAAUCUUUAUAUACAAUAUCUGAGAAACUAUGUGCGCUCGAGACUUACUUCCAGAGUGGCGCUUUGUAUUAUCACACCGCGGGAAUUGGACAGGCACGGUGGACUACCACCGUUGAGAGAGGACAGUGUGAAUGUCAUGUGUAUUGGAUAGCUAGUGAAUGUUUAUGCUUUGUGGUUUUGUUUAAUUUGUUUUCGGGUCUACCAGACCUAUGACCCGCUUUCCCCGAGAGAGAGGAUAAGUAAGGGCUUUAUUUUCUUUUAGUAAAGUACACGAGAAGCCCAUUGGCAGAUCGCAGUGUUUUGUGUUGUGUGAACGCGCGUGACGUCAGUGUGUGACGUGAUUUGUGACAUAUUUGGUGACCCCGACGUGAUCUGUCGUGGGCCUGUCUCGUUUGGUAUUGUGUUGUGCGGAAGCUGUACUUUGUCGCUUAUCAUCUUCUGUUAGCACUACAGUUUUGUGUGUGUUGUGGUCACCGUUUGCGGUCGCCACCCAUUGCCUCAUGACUUUAUUUUGAACAAGUGCUGCCAGAACGUGUUACCAGCACUUUGUAUUUUUUUGAUUAAUUAUUUGGUAUGUGUAGUUACGCCAUGCUGUGAUCCCGUCUCCAGUUUUACGGGUCUACGGGUGUGUAUAGUUCUACCCGUAGUAAGGGACUAGUUACUGUGCCUUCCUGUCUCUCGUCUGUCGCUAAAUUUCUCUGUUCUUCUUGAUUGGAUGUGUGAGUGAGUAGGAGUAAGAAGUCUUUCUCUUUUAGGGUCGCUUUUGCUCUCUUACAAUUUUACGAAAAAUUUUUUUGGGCUUUCUCUAAUUCACUUUGCCAUUUGAUGCUGAGUGUGAACUUAUAAUAUUUAAUUCUUUCUGUGAUUCAUGUCCUAGUUUUGAGUGGGAAUUUGAAAACGAUUUGACAAAUUCCUUGAAAAGCACUUUACCUUUAAUGAUAUUCUGUUUACCUUUGGUGAUAUUUUGUUUAAGUGUAGUAUGGUAAAAUUUUGAACGAGAGAGUUUUGCAGGUUAGUGUAGUCACUGGUAAAUUUGAGUUUGCUAACUUGUUUCUGGCUAGUGACAGGGUAUACCUCUGUAAUUAGAAAUUUUGUGUUUUCUUUUUAGAAGUAAUCAUGGAUAUUGAGGCCUUUAAAGCGCAAGGGGAGAGCAUAGGUUUAACGGGCGAGGCGCUCACUAAGUAUUUAAUUCAGCGAAUAGAGAAAUAUGAGAAGGCGGAAAGGGAAGAGAGGCUUGAAAGGGAGAGAAAUGAAAGGGAAGAAAGACGAGCGAAAGAACAGGCAGAAAGGGAGGAGAGGUUGGAAAAAGAAAAGAUUCAGCGAGAAAGAGAGAAAGAACAGGCAGAACGGGAGGAGCGCGAGCGAGAAAGAGAGAGGGAAUUUGAACUAGCUAGACUUAGGUUAGGAAAUGGUCAACCUAAUGGCGAGGCACAAGUAAGAGAAGUAACCCCUAAAGGAUUUAUUCCGAAAUUACCUCUAUUUAAGGAAGAUUUAGAUGACAUAGAUUCUUUUCUUUUCCGUUUUGAGGCCCAUGCGGAAGCCCUCCGAUGGCCCAGACAUUUGUGGCCAUUACAUUUGUCCGCUACUAUUCAGGGAGAAGCUCUCAAGUUAUAUCACGCACUCUGUGCGCAGGGACAAGUGGCGUAUGAAGAGUUAAGAAAGCAAUUGUUGUUGAAAUUCCAGUGUACGGAAGAUGGAUUCAGAGAAAAACUGAGGUCAGUGAGACCAGCGGAAGGAGAGUCUAUGCCCGCUUUUCUGACUAGAGUAACCAGCUUACUGGAUAGAUGGAUAACGUUGGCAGGGAUAGACAAGUCAUUCGAAAGCCUGCGAGACCUCGUCUUAAGAGAACAGAUAAUGCAGAGCAUUUCUAAAGAUAUGGCAGUAUUUCUAAAGGAAAGGGAUCCUAAAUCGGCAGCAGAAAUGAUAGAGUCGGCUGAGAAGUAUCGGAAGGCCCAUCCCGGUAAGAACAUAGCGCGCCGACAAGAGACGACCAUGUUUGCGAAUGCAAGCUGCACAACUCCAAGGACUGCUAGGCCGCAAGGGACAACUAAUAGACCAACCCCUCCUAGUACCUACUCUCAUAGGACUCCACCAGUUGACAACAGAAGUAGGCCAUCGACUAACUCGCCACCAGUACACCGGCGACCGUGGAGUGAACAAAAACGAACAGUAUCGCCAAACCAGUCCAAGCCGGAUUCUGUCAAACCAAGUACCAGACUUCAAUGUUUUACAUGCCAAGGUUAUGGACACAAAGCACGCUUCUGUGCCAAUAAUAGACAACGAGCUCAACCUGCUUCGGUGUGUGAUGUAAAGCAGGAAGUGGCAAACGUCGCAGUCUUGUGUUCUACCACCACGCAAGAGGCGGGGUCAUUGCCUCUUUACCCUGGGAUGGUAAAAGGAAAAGCAGUGCAGGUAUUAAGGGAUACUGGAGCGACUACAGCUGGCAUUCGAGCGAGUUUAGUGGCACCUUCAGAAUAUCUGGGAAAAAACCAAACGUGUCUUACCUUCGGAGGACGUAAGGAAGUAUUUCCUCUAGCACGAGUGCAGGUGGACACGCCUUUCUUCACUGGACCACUUACAUGUUGUGUAAUCAAGAAUCCAGUAACUGAUGUCAUAAUAGGCAACAUUCCAGGCGUGCAAGAGGUAACGUUUACAGCCGAAUACCAACCUGUAUCAACAAGCGCUGCAGUAGUGACAAGAGCACGAGCCAGGGAAGCGAACCAAGCACCCGCACUCUUGAGUCCAGCCUUACCAGCAGUAGGCAUUUCUAAAUCGGAGUUAAUCCAAAAGCAGAGGGAAGAUCACACCCUAACGCCUUACUUUACGAAAACCGACUGGUUAAACAGCUCCUUCAAAGUGGAGAAGGGUAUCUGGUACAGACAUUUUCAACGGCCACAGCAAUCAGAUGUCACUCAAAUAGUUGUGCCACAGGCACUAAGAUCUACUGUCUUGGAAUAUGCCCAUGACAGCCCAUUCGCUGGACACCAAGGCACGAGAAAUACCCUAGAAAGGGUCUUCAGCCACUUUUGGUGGCCUGGCAUACGGAGGGACGUACGCCAGUAUUGCCAAACUUGUGACAUAUACAAAAAAACGUCAGCUAAGGGACGGAAAUUAGGAUAGUAGACGCUCUAACCU